AAUUAACAAAAAAUGCCUAUCUAUAAUGAAGUUUGGGAAGAGGAAGGUAUGAUGUCUAAUUAAUAUGAGAUUUUAUGUUUAGAAAUAUGAUAAAUUUAUAAACAUUAACAAAGAAUCAUGUAAAAUUAUUGGAUAAUCUUAAAUUUGAGUUUGUUGAAUAUAAAGUAAUUAUAUAUAAUAUUGCAGGCUAAUCAAUUAUUAGCUUGCCAUCUUUAUGAUAGAAUGGCUUAACAUUGUAAGAAUCAAUUCGGUCUUUUUGAGGACUCUUAUGUACCAGAAUGUUUAGAUGCUAGAAAUUAUUUCUAAUUAUGUGUUAGAAUGAAUGCCUCUUAUGGUCUAGCCAAAAAGUAUUUCCCAGAGUAAUUAAAUUAGAUAAUUAUAGAUAUUUCUUAACCAACGAAUACUCAAGACCAAAUCCCAAUUUUAAGGAAUUAGGACUUUGAUCAUCCAUUCAUUAUAUAAAAUAAAUAAAUUCACAAUAAUAGAAAGUCUUAACAAUUC